CUGAUCGGCCUGAGGCAGACUGUCAAGGAGGGCUGAAGCUAAGACUGUUGCCAUAAAAUCCUCAACAGGGGAAAUAAGAAAUCUACACAAACAAAGUUUGAGGGUUGGCUCAGGGCAAGAAGUAACGGCUAUGUGGAAGUUCUUCAGAGCUUUCCAGAAUCUUCCUUCCCAAGUUCAGGGGGCCUGGAAGAGAAGUAUCAACCACCCAGGUGCGGUCAAGAUGAGUGAUAACACUAUCCUGGCUACUCCAGCACCUAGCCAGGGUCUCACCACCCCCCGCAAAGGACCCCCCAAGUUCAAGCAGAGACAGACUCGCCAAUUCAAGAGCAAGCCUCCAAAGAAAGGUGUGAAAGGAUAUCACAGUGAUCUGCCCUUGGGAGGCAUUCAGUCACCUGGAACUGCACGAGCUUGCUCAGUUUGGGAUUAUCUAAGGCACCAGAGGCUCCACCACCCUCCCUCAUGGGUGUCUGCUCUAAAUUUACUUUGCCCUGCUGAUCUGCAGAACCUGGAAAUUUAGUAUCCACAAGUCUUUGGGGCUGAUCUGACCAUUCCAGUCAAUUACUAUUGAGAUCUCUUAGCGUCAGAACCACUCUUGCAGUAUGACAGCAUGGAAUAGUAAAUGAAAAAUCUACAUUUGUUGGGGUGUUUCAGGUUUUCACAGCUUUUAUUAUCAGCUGCUCAAAAGUCAUCAGUAUUUCUCCAUA